AACUGGUUACAAAAUGUAAUGUAUAUUGUUACAUGAACAAUUAUUGGGGGUGGACGAUACAAGUGUGGUGGAGGACGAUCGUCAGGCGGCCGCACCACAACAUGAUGACGCAUUUCCCGCGCUUUCUGGCCGAGCGUGGACGGGAAUGUGUGUGGCAGCCGCUCCUCUCACCCCCACCAUGACCACCCGCUACUGAGGACUCUUGCCAGACUUUGUAGUUAAGGCACAGCAUUGUAGCGAUGGAAUUCACUCCUAAGAAGCAACCUGGCUUUGGCUCAGGCUCUCUGCGUUCCAACCCUUACUCGACUGGAGGACGGAGUUAUAUAAAAAGGUUCAAGAAACGAUCUGCAAAUGUCAGCACACCUCGGUUGUCACUGGCAACUCCUCCAAGAACUAGUCUACAGAACCGCUUUUCCAGAGCCGAGAGAAUUGUGAAUAAUUCUUCGAAAAUUCAAACUAAAUCUGAUGAGGGAUCAAACUUGGGAAAGUGGAAAAAUAAGAAUGAAGGAGCAUCUCAAGCCACUAAGCGUCCAUUUAGUGCUGUAAAUGGUAUAGAUAACUCUAUAGACCCUUACCAUGUUCUUUCAGAUAGUGAAAAUGAUACACUUGAGAUUUCUAACAAAUCCAACAGUUUAAAAGACUCUUCAGUGUUCUCAGAUACUGAUAAUGAAAUAAUUGAGAGGAAAAACAAAGCUUUUGACAAGGAGAACUCACUUUUUGGACCUUCUAAAUCCAAUUCAGUCAAAGUAUAUACAAACAAAAAGAAAUCUUUCAACUUGUCCAGAUCAAGGCUUCUCUGUGAUGUAUCUCCUGAGAAAAUUGAGAGAGCUUAUGGCCCCAGGCGUUUAUCUGGCGCAGAAAAAGAGAAUAUACCCACUGACACUAAAGCAGAUCCAUCUAUUAUAGAACUGACUUCCCCACAUCUAAUAGGGUUCCCCAACUAUGGCAACACAUGCUACUUGAACUCAGUCAUUCAGUCACUGUUUGGUUUGCCAUCCUUUUUGGGCGACUUCCAGUUAGUGGCUUCUCAACUUGGCAUGCCUCAUACAUCCCUCUCCUUUGGUCUGAGUCAAGUUUUGUCCAGCCGGAUGAAAGGCCAAGUUUCUGGCGUUAAGCAGUCUCUCAAGACUGUUAAGGAGAAUCUGGAGCGAGUCGAUGGAUCCUUUUCUGGUUUUAAGAUGCAAGAUGCAAAUGAGUUUCUGACUCGGGUUCUCGACACCAUGAAGGAUGAAAUUGAUCGUUGCCAUAUGACCACUCCGAGUCCCGACCGCCUUCUGGGUUCUCAAACAUUAGUCUCCACAUCGAAGAAAGAUCUUAAUGAAGAUGUUUGCCUUAGUGGCAUUGGUGCUAAAAAUGGUUUCAUUUAUCCCAGUUCAUUAGACUUUUCAAGAGAUUCAAACAUUAAUGGCGUUAGUGAUGUCGUGGACAGUGAAGUGAUUAAUGAUUUUGAAGAAUUAACCAAGAUAAAUGGUGUUAGAGAAAAUUGUAAGGUACUGGAUACGGAAGCUGGAAAUAAUAAAUCUGACUUGGUUAAUAUUUUUGGCAAAAGACCAAUGGGGGGUGAGAUUAUGAAUUUUGCCCUUCAAAGUGUAACGCCAAAGAAAACUUGUGAUGAAGUUUUGCCAAGAAAUCCAGUGAAAGAUAACUUUGAAUUUCAGUUACUUGAGUCUUACAGAUGUUUAGGGUGUGGUGAUGUUGUAGGAAGAAGACAAGAAUAUUUUGGACUUUAUGUAAAUCUUCCAGGAGAAGGACAAGAGUCCAUUCAAGAUUCCAUUUCGUCAUACAUGGGAUCAGAUGAGAGAGAAUUAAAGUGUGAAAAAUGUGGCCAUACACAGUCUUCUGUUGUUACUUCAAUAACAAGUUUGCCAAGAGUACUUAUAGUCCAGUUAAAGAGAUACGAGUACAAGCCAGAGCAGUGCGAAAGUGUGAAGAUGUCAUCACGUGUGCGUGUUAACCGCUGGAUUAGUUUAGAUUCUUACAUGACCAGUGAUGGAAGUGGUCCCUCUCAUUGGCAACCACAAGUUGGCAGCUGUGUAACCCCACGAACACCGAAACAGCCAACUCUUACUGUACGCAACCUGUCAUCCGAAUUGAAUAUGUGUGAUGGAAAGAAAGAGGAAGAGCAACUGCCAGAUCUUGUCAGUCCAGCCAAGCCAUUUGGCAGUGCCACAGCCAGUGCCACUGAAAACGAAGAUGAGGAACUGCAGGAAGUGAUGCGUCGUAGUAUGGAAGAUAUUGGGGGUGUUCAAGAAGAAGACGAAAUCCAGCAGGCAAUUAGACUGUCGCUGCAGGAGAUGGGUAUGAGCUAUAUUCAAGAGAAUCAAGGAGACAGUGCUGAAUUUCAGAGCGAUGACGUCAAGCCUAAGACUCCUAAUAUUAAAGACAAUCCCGGGAGUGACCGACAUACUUACCGCCUUAUUAGUGUGAUCAGUCACUUUGGUCUUACAACAAACACAGGGCAUUAUGUUUCUGAUGUAUAUAACUGUAAUGAAGAUAAUUGGUUCCACUAUGAUGACGAGAGCGUUGCAAAAAUCCCGGAAUCAGUGGUGUGUGCGGAGGGACGGCAGAAGAACGGCUACAUCUUCUUCUACAUGCAUCAAUGCUUCAUAAACAAACCUAGGCAUCAAACGACCGAAGAAGGCGAAUUGCUACUUGCUAGAGGCAGUCAUUGGGAGGAAAAACCUUCAUGCCAACUGCACGUAUCCCGAAGAAGAAGAAGGAAGAAAAUGUCGAUGUCCUUCAUAGAGUUCGAGAGUGCUAGGAAGAAGGAUGAGCAGCGGCAGUGGGAGCGGGAAGCCAGACAGGCGGUGCUGGAGAAGGCAAAAAAUAGUUAUGAGGCCAAAGUGCAAAAGGAGGAGGCAGCUCGGCAGCGAGGGGAACAUACAUGGAUGUUGACGUCUGUAGAAUCGAAGCUUGAUUCUCACAAACAAGAUAAGAAGAAAAAGAAAAAAGAGAAGAAGAAGAAAAAAAAGAAGGAAAAGAAGGCAAAGAAAAGCAAGAAAAAAUGUUCGUCAUCAUCUUCAAGCAGUGACACUGAAGAAGAAGAAGGGAACAUGUGGGUGGAAAAAUGUGCCCCCAAUCUUGCUAAAGCUGAGGAGACAAUAGAGCCAGGUACCUCACGAGCAGAGAAACAAAAUGAUGCUACACGAGAGCCACCAAAACGUGAUAGCUGGAUGGAGAUGACAUCCUUGUUUGGAACAUUCUCUCGUGAUGAAAUGAGGGAACGUGAAGGUACCAGCAGAAAAAAGGCCAAGGAAGAAGAAGAAAAACGAAAACGUGAAGCUGAUAAACCUGGAUCCCACUCUAGGGAACUGAACCCUUACUUCAAAAAUGGAGGAAGUGGCCUGCCAGAAGAAGAAGCAAAAGAGGAAACAUCAACUGGUUCAGUAGCAAUUGGACUAGAUGCUGCUUGGCUGCAUAAGGCUUUACGACGGGCUCAAGAACAAGCUAAACUUGAAAACACAUCACUUGAAGAGAUAGCAGCUCAACGAUGGGGUUCACUGGCAAAGUUUCAUGAACUAUUAGCUGAAGCAGAAGGAAGAGGGAAGAAGAACCAAGCAGAUAACUGGCAGAGAAUGAAAAGGACAAGAAGUAGAAGCAGAGAGAGAUUCAGAAGUAGAAGCAGAGAGAGAGUUGGAAGUAAAAACAGAAGUAAAAGUAAUGAAAGACAAAGUGCUCACAACACAGAGAGGAGAAGCAGAAACAAAGAGGAAGAAUAUUAUGAAGAAAAUAGUAGAAAAUAUAGAAAACAGAGUAGGGAACGAAGUAAAAGUAGAGAGAGAGAAAGGAGCAGGAGCAAGGAAAGGAGGAGAGGCAGAAGAUGCAGUAGCAGCAGAAGUAGUGAUAGUGAUAGUAAGAAUUGCAGUGAAGACAAGGCUAAACCACAUAAGUGGCCAAGCAACGAGAGCCGCAGGUCUGUAAAAGAUCUUUUGAGACCCCCAGGUGAUAAUUAUCCAGCAAAACAUUCUUCAUUGUUAUCAUCAAAGUUCAGAAGACCAGAUGAGAGUGAGACAAGAUCACCAAGUAGUGUGAAUGCUAAGAAAUUUUCCACAAGCAACCGUGGAUGGCAGAAAACAGAAUAUAAACAAGCGUUAAAAGAACGCGAAGUACAAUCACAACAGAAGUCAUCAUCAUCAUCAUCAUCCUCAGAAUUAAGUGAUUUAGAAGAGGAAUCAUCAAAAGGUAGACAAAGGACUUUGGAAAGGGAAGCCCCAAUAAACAGUGUUGAUGUGCCAGCACAACCACCAGCAUCGCCCCAGCCACCUGCUCACCUGCUAACAGAUAAGGAAAUGAAUGAGCUUGCUGCGAAGAUUAUGAAAGCUGAACUGAUUGGAAAUGAUGUCCAGGCAAAUAAAUUGAAAACCAAACUGGAAGCUGCUAGGGCUGCUCGGGCCAGUGGUUCAGCUUUUGGAGAGGGCACUAAGGAAAGUGGAGACCAGACCACAGAACAGAUAGUUGUCCUAACCAGGAUGGAUACCAAAGGUGGAUGCAGACCUAUAUCUGGAGCAGAUCAAGAAGCUGGAGUUGGGAGAAGAAAACAAAUCAAAACUCAUGGGCAAGAUGGUAAACGAACCCGGUACUUCCCAGAUGAUGAUCAGCAUGAUCUCAAGCGCAUGUUUGAGAGAGAAAAGGGAACAUCGGCUGAUGAUCAAAAUUCCAUGUUUGAGCAAGCAGCCAUGAAGAACAGUGAACGGCUCAACGAUGACUACGACAUGGAUGACAUGUUCAUGAGCAAGGUGGCACUCAAAGACACGGCUGCCAAACAAGCCGAGAGAGACAGACUUAAAGCUAUACAGGAACACAAACGUUCUGAGCGCUCAAUGGAGUCAUGCCAAUGGUGUUUUGAUAGCAAAGAUAUGCCAAAACAUUUAAUUGUUGCUUUAGGAAGUAAGUCAUACGUGUGUCUCCCUCCUCAUGAGUCUCUCACGCCUGGACAUUGCCUUAUUGUCUCAAUCCAUCAUAUUCCUUCUUCUGUACAAGCUGAUGAAGAUCUGUGGAGUGAAAUCCAGGAUUUUCGCAAGUCUUUAGUAAAAAUGUUUAACUCCCGGGACGAGGACUGUAUAUUCUUCGAGACUGUUAAAAAACUCAAGUACUAUCCUCACAUGGCUCUCAACUGUGUGCCUCUUCCAAAAGAAAUGGGAGAUAUGGCUCCUAUUUACUUUAAGAAAGCCAUAAUGGAGUGUGAAGCUGAAUGGUCCCAAAACAAGAAGCUUGUGGAUUUAAAGAAUCGUGAUGUCCGCAGAGCAGUACCAAAGGGACUUCCUUACUUUUUUGUCGACUUUGCCAUGGAUCCGGGUUUUGCUCAUGUCAUCGAAGAUGAAAAGGAUUUUCCCAACAACUUUGCUCAGGAAAUUGUUGGUGGGAUGUUGGACUUGGAUAACAAGUUAUGGCGUAAACCACGCAGAGAAAACUUUGAUGCACAGCGAAAGAAAGUUAUGGAGUUUAGUCGCUGGUAUAAGGAGUUUGACCCAACACAGGAUGAUUAAGUCCAAUUUAUUUUUAUAUUCUAGGUAAUUAAGUGAAAGAUAAAAUAAUAAAGAAUACAUGAAUUGAAAA